UUUUAUAAUAGAGCCUCAACUUAUACUAGUCUUGCCUGAAAAUCUCUCGUUUUCUAUCAUUCUCCCAUCCUGCAGGCCUGAGCCCAGACAGAGACCCAGAGAAAUGUAAACAAACGCAGAGUCAGACUUGAUAUACGGGUGAAUUUGUUGCUUUUUAGAGGGGCAAUGGAUCUGUACAUGAGUGAGGUGGCGAGGGGCGUGGCCAGGGGGCGGCUAGCAGCGUGUGCCACCAGGGAAAUGUGUAUGAACAUAAAAAAAGGCGCCUGUCAAGAAAGGUUCGUUCGGUGCAAGGAGUUGGCACAGGAGGUGUCUGAGGCUGUGCAGAGCGGCCGUCUGAACCUGGUGCCACAGCUGCACAGGAGGGCAUGGCAUAGCUGGCUGGACAACAUCACAGACUGGUGUGUCUCCCAGCAACUCUGGUGGGGCCACAGAAUGCCAGUGUACCACAUCACUGCAGCAGACGGCCGGGAGGUGUGGGUGACAGCUGCUCGGAGGAAGAUGCAAGGCGGAAGGCUGUGCAGAAGGAAGACUGUGCUGCUGCAUGGCCUCCUGUGUGAUGGUGGCGGCCACAAGACAUCCAAGUCCUGGGGCAAUGUGAUAAACCCCCUGGAUGUGAUCAGUGGGGCGUCCCUGGAGGUACUGUGUGAGAGGAUGGAGGGGAGCCUGAAUACAGAAGAGGUACUCACUGGUAUCAGGAGGAACUUCCCCACAGGCAUCCCAGAGUGUGGAGCUGAUGCCCUUUGGUUCACCCUGUGCUCCACCAACUUCAAUACUGCACACCCCGUCCUGCAGCCUCAAGGCACUCACCUCUCCUUUUCCAGUCAUGGGUGCCUUGCCUCCUCCUUGCAACACCACCACCACCACCACCACCACUGCUGCCAUUACAUACGAGGGGGAGAGACUGUGAUGUGGCUGCAGGUGGCUAGGUUCGGAGGCCUCCAGAGAGCUGCCCAGAGUGAAGCUUGUGGUAUAGAGGGACAGCUGCUGAUCAUCAAGCUUACAUAGUGACUGGAGGAAAGUGGGAGGAGCCUGGAGGGAGUGAUGGAGGUACAGUACUUGGAGAAAAUCCCUUCACCGUGACAACUGGGUGUCUGCUGUACAGGCCACUGACCAAUGGAGGGAGAGGGAGACUGGCUAAUGGUGGAUGAGAGAGAGAGAGAGUCAUGAUAAAGGAUAUUGAGCACAGACUUCACCACUGGGUCGACUCUGGGGGCCACGUUCUUCUGCUAGAGAAGUACUGACUGGUUGGUGGCCGUGGCUGUUCACGCACUCGCUCUUGCUGUGGCUGGCAUGCUGUUCUGUCCUCUCUUCUUCCAGGAAUUGCUGUCUGAGGUUGUGUGUGUGUGUGUGUGUGUGUGUGUGUGUGUAGAAGCCAUCAUCAUCAACCACAGCAGGUGAUAAUGAUGGUUCCUGCUUUCAUCGUCAUCGGGGCUAGCCAGACCAACCUGGGGCUGUACUCUGGGGUGACGCUGUAUGCCUCAGGUGGGUCUGGAGGGGCUGGGAUAGUUGGUAACAAUUAAAAAAGACUAGUAUACACACAAACCAUUACAAACACUAUGUAAUGCUGGUAUAACACGCACAAACAGACAGUUAAGACAGGUAUACACUUAGAGACAUAUACAAACACUUGCUAUUGGUUGUAUAUUCUUAGAAACACACACACGCUUACUAAGUCUGGUAUACUCGUACACACACAUACUUGUAUACAAACAGUGGGAUACACUUAGAGAUGCAUCCAUACACUUGCUAAAUCUGAUAUACACACAUAAACUCAUAAGAGAUGCUGGUAUAUGCUCAGAAAUCUAUACACAUUAAGUAAGGUUAGUAUACACAAACCUUUACAUAUAUUAGGAAUUUAUGUUCAAUGAUAGAGAUGACUAGUACUCUCUCUCUCUCUCUCUCUCUCUCUCUCUCUCUCUCUCUCUCUCUCUCUCUCUCUCUCUCUCUCUCUCUCUCUCUCUCUCUCUCUCUCUCUCUCUCUCUCUCUCUCUCUCUC